UUUGGCCCUCGUGCUGGAAGUCAGGCCUAAAGCCCGUUCGGUUUAUGGUCAAUUAGAGAGCGCCUCAUUUGCAUUGGUCUUGGGAUGGCCAAAUGCGAAUGUCUCCUCGCUGUGGGCCUGGUUUCAUUGCUGUUGGCCACCUCCGUGGACGCCUUUUGGAGUUGGAAAUGUUUGUACAAAGAAUUCCCAGUGGACGUCGAGAAGAUCAAGGGCGGCUGGUAUGUUUAUGGAACCAAUCCAGAGAGAAUAAAAGUCUGCUACUUUGAAGAUCUGGAUCUAUAUUGGACACGGAUUACCAAAACGGACUACGAUAAUUAUGCAGUGGAGCUUCACUGUUCCUUGCCGUGGAUGCGUCACCAAAUGGCCAUUUACACCCGUCAACCCAUUCCCACCGAGGAAACUCUCAGUGAGAUAUCUUCGUACCUCAAGACAGUCGAUCUGUCACUCCAAAACUUCACCUUAAUCCGGCAGAGAAAGGACUGCCGGACCAAGAAGCCUCCGAUAAUGCAGCGCUGGCACUUGUCCAGGUACCUGGUCUUGGACUAUAAUCCGGUUUAUGUCAAGCCCUUGGUGGAGAACGAAAACAUCUGAGCCAGUCAUUGUAUCAUCGCAUCUCUCCUCUCAAACUGGCAACUUUCUUUACCCAGAAAUUUACAUAUGCCAAAUUUGGUACAAAUAUGCGAAUAUCUUAAAACAAAGAAAGAACUUUCAAGCAAACCGAAGGAAAGAUACUCUGUGUGCAAAGUAAUAAAGAAGAUUGCAUUUAUUGUACAGAAGUUAUGAGAAAUUGUAAUGGGCUGAGAUACUAUCUCUGCAGUGAUCUAAAAAAUAAUUUAUUCAGUGAAAGGCUGCCCUCCGUCACCAAUUAAAAUUCCUGUUGUCACGAUAAUAUCUUUAUAAUGUUUUAAUUAGCCCGACUUUUAUCUGCUCACGCCGUCAUCGCUGGUGCCCAAUGGUCCCAAAACCUCACCUAUCAACUCAAUUAGUGAGCUGCCGCUGACUUAUUAGUUAGAGUUUCUUCGAUCGCAGCUGAUUCG